AUGGGGCCGCCUCGCACGCGGGCGCAAAACCUCGCCGCCGCCGCCGCCGCCGCCGCAGCGGCGGCCCAGUCGCGCAGCCGCUUCCUCGAGGGCUCCAUGAACGACCGCGCCUCGGCCGUGCCGCCCGUGGCCUUUCUCGGCCCUGCGGAGCGCGCGGCCCUCGAGCGGCCCGUGCUGUCGGCGGCUGCUGAUGGCGCGGGCGGUGGUGGUGAGGAUGCGGCGCGGCAGCAGCGUCAACAGCAGCGUCAACAGCAGCAGCAGGGGCGUCGCGCGGCGGGGAAGAUGCGCUUGGGGCUGGUGUGGGAGGGUGUGCGUGGGAGGCUGAGGCGGCGGCGGGAGGCGGCGGGGGGUGAGGACGGUGCCGGCGGGAGGAAAAAGUCGUCGUCGUCAUCGUCGUCGUCGUCAGGUGGUCAUCCGCAGGGCGCAGAGGAGAGGAAGCCGUGUGACGGCGGCGCGGACCGGCCGUCGAGGGAAGAGGUGCUCGCCAGCUACCACCAGCUCGUCUCGGCGGGCUUCUUUGCGAACCACGCCGUCUACUCGACUCGUCGGCCACCUCCCGGCACUCCCGCCCGUCCCGCCACGGCGCACGAGUCGCGGCCUCGCAGCCCGAAUCAGCAGCGACAGCAGCAGGAGCAGCAGCAGCCUCCUCCUUGUCCCGGUCGCGAAGCCCCCCUCCCUCCGCAGUGGCCCCUCGCCCGCAAAGCUCCCCGGGCAACCCCCGCCUCGCCCGUCUGCUCGCCCGCCAGCCUCGCCUCCUCGCGCGGGACCAAGCGCCCCGCCGCCGACGACGACGACGACGACGACGACGACGACGACGAAGGCGCCGCCCGCUCGCCCCCGGCCCAGCAGGGCGAAGGCGACGAAGACGCCUCCACGCUGGCCCACCGCUUUCUGCCCAAGCGCCUGCGCCGCUCCACCAGCCGCGACAUCUCCCUCCCCAGGGUCCGCGCCCCGCGCCGAAGCACCUCCGCCGCCGCCACCACCGGCGCCACCUCCCGCAACCCGCCAAAGCGGCUCGCCAGGCUCGCCCUGCCCGUCAACGCGCCCGGCAGCGCCGCCGGCACAAGGGCUUCGCUCGCCCCAGCCGCCGUCCCGAGACGCCCGUCCGGCCCGCGCAAUCUCCGCCCACGCAUCGUCGGCGGGCCCCUCAGCGUCGUGCCCGACGCCAACCGCGGCAUCCCCCGCGUCCCCGCCAUCCCGGCCAAGUUUGCGGAGAACCAGGAGAACGACGACGACUGCGCCCCGCCCGAGCUGCGCCCGUGA